AACAGGCUCGGACAACCCUCCAAAAGCUGUUGGGGUUCUCCAAAGCUUCACUCUCAUUUACCCUUUUACCCUUCAUUUUAUAUUUCCAUCUUUUCCCUCCUCAGAUUCAAUUUCGAUUUCCCUCGCUGAGAGAGAGAGAGAGAGAGAGAGAGAGGGGAUUAGGGUUUUUAGCUUGGACUCCACCAUGGACGGUGCUUUCGUCCUUGGUUCAGAAAAUUCCGUUGCUGGAGAUGAUAUGACAAAAGGAGUGGUAAAGGGAUCCAAAAUUGGAAGUGCUGCGAGGAGGAAGCUUGCCGACAUAAGCAACUUGCAGCAGCGGCCUAAAAUGGUAAAUCAAGAAGCAAAGCAGCUGCCCAUUUCGCUUACAACUAAGGAGUAUGUUGAAAAGCUACAGAAGGAAAACAUGACACUGAUGAAGCUUCUUGCAGAAAGAAAUAAAAUUAUUGAAUUGAGCGGAAUUGAAUUACAGAAGCUGAGAAUCAAUUUGCAGAAAAUGCAGCAACAGAAUUUGCAACUUGCCCAAGCAAACAGCCAGAUGUUGGCGGAACUUAAUUUAGGUAAAGAUAGGCUAAAAGCACUUCAGCAUGAGCUUGGAUGCAAAAAUGGCUUGCUUAACGCAAGAAAACUGGACUUGGAGGUCAAAGCAAAAAGGUUAAGAUGUCAAAAUACAGGAAAUGAGGUAGGUACAUCUAAGUGCAAUGAGGCAGGGGAAUCCUCUCAAGCAGAUAAGGGGGACUAUAAACCUUGUCAUACCAACAGGAGACGGCAAUCAAAAAAUCAAUCUUUGGUCCCCACCACUGCUGAACCAGUUCCUGCCAAAGAGAAUGUUGAAAAUAAGAGACUUUGUUUGAGAAGGCAAUCUGCAAGGUUUAAAUCUGAAGAAUCAGAACCAACUGAACACUUGUUUGAGAUAGAUAAAGCUUCAGGCCCUACGAUUGUUAAAUUAGUCCAUACUAAAGAACAUGCUGACAAGAAGAGACGUUCAAGAAGGCAAUCUGCAAGAUUUAAAUCCGAAGAACCAGAACCAAAUGAAGAUUUGUUGUGCAAUGAGGCAGGAGAAUCCUCUCAAGCAGAUAAGGGGGACUAUGAACCUUGUCAUACCAACAGGAGACAGCAAUCCGAAAAUCAAUCUUUGGGCUCCACCACUGUUGAACCAGUUCAUGCCAAAGAGAAUGUUGAAAAUAAGAGACGUUGUUUGAGAAGACAAUCUGCAAGGUCUAAAUCUGAAGAAUCAGAACCAACUGAAGACUUGUUUGAGAUAGAUAAAGCUUCAGGCCCUACGAUUGCUAAAUUAGUCCAUAUUAAAGAACAGGGUGACAAGAAGAGAAGACAUUCAAGAAGGCAAUCUGCAAGGUUUAAAUCCGAAGAACCAGGACCAAUUGAAGAUUUGUUUGAGAUAGAUAAGGCUUUGGGCCCUACCACUCUUAAACCAGUCCACCAUGCUAAAGAGAGUAUUGGCAAUAAGAGGCAAUCUGCAAGGUCAAAAUCUGAAGAGCCAGAGCAAAGUGAAGACUUCUUUGAGAUACAUGAUGCCAAAUUUCCUGUCUCUCCUCUAAUUGAUGAUUCGGUGCAUGAAACUGAUCCAAUGGCACCAGCAUUGUCAAUCAAAAAAGAAGAUGAAGGAAAUACUGCCCUUAGUUUAGAAGCUCAAGAGAUUCGAAGAUCUUCUGUUGGAAGGCCGUUGCGUCGAGCAGCUGAGAAGAUUCAGUCCUACAAAGAAAUUUCAAUCAAUGUGAAGAUGCGUCGACAGCAAGAUCUUAGAAGCGGUUCCUUAAAGUAGCAAGAGAUGGUUGAUAACUAUAAUUUGUGGCUAAUGGUUCUUCAAAGAGGAGCAACUGGGAGUUUCAAUGUCAGAAGAUGGAGUUGCAAGGGCCACAAUCCAAAUUAAAAAAGAAAAUAAAAUAGUGCUAGAAUUUCUUUUGGAAUGACCAAUGCCACACAUACCGGUUACACAUACUGGUUAAGCUCAUUGAGUGAUGUGAUAAUGUUUAUUGACUCAAUGGAUGUAUCAUGUAUGCGAUGCAUGGGAUGGUCUCUCCAUGACGCAAAUGGUGUGUAUACAGAAUAUUGACAACAUUUUUUGUUCACAGGUUAACCAAUUUGGUUAUGCAUUGCAUCUAAACUAGUUUACUAAUAUAUUUCAUCAUACAUAAGCAUAGCCAAUUUGGUAA